AUGGCUUUGCAAUAUACUCUAGUGUUCAUAUUGUUGUUGGUGGAGAUGGCUCUAUUUGCCAUCAUCUCGCUUCCACUUCCACCGUUCAUUCGUAAGCCGUUGCUCAAUUCGCUCAAUAUGCCAUUUCACUCUGAGCAUUUCCAGAUAUUCUUCAGAUGUGCUAUUGCCUUUAUUGGUAUUUUAUUUUUGGACUCCUUGAAUAGGAUGAGAAGGGUGACCAACGAGCUUUACUAUGAUAAAUCUGGAUCCUUUGGAGGGUCAAUGGACUCGCAGAUGGGCUCCUCAAUGGGCUCUUCAAUGGGCUCCCAAAUGGGUCCAGUUGGAAGUUCACGUACAGAAGUUCAAACCAGACGAUUCUACUCCCAAAGAAACGUAUAUUUAUGUGGAUUGACACUAUUUUUAUCGCUAAUUGUCAAGAGAACCUACGAUUUGGUGUAUGAAUUAUUGGCUGUUAAGGAGCAAAUAGCUAGCAAGGAGAAGUCGAGUAAAUUGGAUGAGUUGGAUGAUAUUGACGAUGAAAAAAUGGUUGAAAUAAGAGCCAAAAUUGCUGCCAAGAACAAAGAAGUGGACACCUUGAAGAAACAGGCAGAAGCUCUAAGCAGAGACUAUAAAAAGAUCUGA